ACACACUUCUCCUCCAGCUUCGCCUCCUCCCUUUAUAAGCGCGAGCUCGGGCACCCCACCCAUUCGGCCGCGGUCGUGGAUCCCGAAUUCGCGGCGGUGAGGUGGGAGGAGGAGACGGAGGAGGGAUGGCGUCGGAGCCGGUGGCGAGGGCGGUGGCGGAGGAGGUGGGGCGGUGGGGGAGCAUGAAGCAGACCGGGGUGAGCCUGCGGUACAUGAUGGAGUUCGGGUCGAGGCCGACGGAGCGCAACCUGCUGCUCUCCGCGCAGUUCCUGCACAAGGAGCUCCCCAUCCGGAUCGCCCGCCGCGCGCUCGAGCUCGACUCCCUCCCCUUUGGCCUCUCACGCAAGCCUGCCAUCCUCAAGGUAAUUCUGGGGAAAUGGAGUGUGAAUAAGGUGAGGGACUGGUACAUGGACUCUUUCCGUGACAUCAGAUUCUUUCCAGAAGUGAGGAGUCGGAACGACGAGCUCGCUUUUACACAAAUGAUCAAGAUGAUCAAAGUGCGCCACAAUAAUGUGGUUCCAACAAUGGCAUUGGGAGUGCAACAGCUGAAGCAGGAGCAGUGUCGCACAAAGAAGAUACCCUCAGGAUUUGAUGAGAUCCACGAGUUUCUUGACAGAUUCUACAUGUCAAGGAUUGGGAUCCGCAUGCUGAUAGGGCAGCAUGUGGCUUUGCAUGAUCCUGACCCAGAGCCUGGCGUCAUAGGCCUCAUCAAUACAAAAUUGUCCCCUAUACAGGUGGCUCAAGCUGCCAGUGAAGAUGCCCGUUCUAUUUGUUUGAGGGAAUAUGGAUCAGCUCCUGACAUCAACAUCUAUGGAGACCCAACUUUUACAUUUCCAUAUGUCGCAUCACAUCUACAUCUCAUGCUAUUUGAAUUGGUGAAAAACUCCCUUCGUGCAGUACAGGAACGAUACAUGAAUUCUGACAAAGAUGUUCCUCCAGUUAGAAUUAUAGUUGCUGAUGGGGCAGAGGAUGUUACUAUAAAGGUUAGUGAUGAAGGUGGUGGAAUACCAAGGAGUGGCCUUCCAAGAAUUUUCACCUAUCUUUAUAGCACUGCAAAGAAUCCACCUGAUAUGGAUGGCCCUUGUGAAGGAGUAACUAUGGCAGGAUAUGGCUAUGGUCUUCCUAUUAGUCGCCUUUACGCUCGAUAUUUUGGUGGUGACUUGCAAAUCAUCUCUAUGGAAGGAUACGGCACCGAUGCUUACCUGCACCUGUCACGGUUGGGAGAUUCGGAGGAGCCCUUGCCUUGAAGGCUUCUCUGCGCUGAUACCAUCUCUGUAAUUAGGUUACUCUUGUCUCUUGUAAUUCCUGGGCUGGUUUGGAAUAUUGUUUUAAGGGCCAGCCAUCUAUAGCUGUUAAGUUAACCUGCUAUCUUCUAGUUGCCACGUUUUUCAUCAUUUCAGCUCUGCAGCAGCAGCUUGAGCACUAAGCCCCCUCUUCUGUCUCUCUAUGAGAUGUAGAAAUCCUUCUGCCAUGCACAUGGCAUUGUUCAUACUUCACCUGCUUGAUGAGCCUCACUGCUGUGUGUAAUUGUAAAGCGUACUUUGAUACUAGUUAUCAGUGAUAAGCUAACUUCAUCAAGUGCGUGCCUUUUGUUCCACAUGGUUUUCAGCUUUUAAAAAUUCAGUUUAUUCAUCGGGAGAAAAUAUGAUGCUGUUGAUGUUGAAAUUCUGCAAACCAAGAAACCUAGGCAUCGAGAGGUUGGAGAUAGCUUUCAUGAAAAUGGUGGAAACCUUUAUAUAUAUGUAUGUACUUAGAAAUUUAAAAU